AAUUUUUCUUUUUACAAAAGAUCAAAACUAACCAGAAGAAAUGGGCUGCGUUCAGAGCUUCAGGCAAUUGUGUGACCGCCAAAAAAACACAAAUGUUCGCAUCAGUCUUCCAGCAGUUUGCAUUGUGUGGCAAACAGCCAUGAUCAUCUUGUUUGGAGUUUUUAUUCGUUACAAUGAAGAAUCGAGUCCAUACUGGGUAGAGCACAAAAAAGCUAAAAAUAUAUCAAGUGACAUUGAGAACGACUUUUACUUCAGAUAUCCAAGUUUCCAGGAUGUCCAUGUGAUGAUCUUUGUUGGAUUUGGCUUCCUGAUGACAUUUCUUAAGCGGUACAGCUUCGGUGCCGUGGGUUUCAACUUCCUCAUUGCAGCCUUCGGACUUCAAUGGGCACUGCUAAUGCAAGGCUGGUUCCACUCCCUAGACUACACUGAUGGAAAGAUCAAAAUUGGAAUUGAAAACCUCAUCAAUGCUGACUUCUGUGUGGCGGGCUGUUUAAUUGCCUAUGGGGCGGUGCUCGGUAAAGUCAGUCCAGUCCAGCUGUUGGUUCUGACUCUGUUUGGGAUCACAUUGUUUGCCGUGGAGGAAUAUAUUAUCCUAAAUCUUAUACAUGCCAGAGAUGCUGGUGGCUCCAUGGUCAUCCACACAUUUGGAGGUUAUUAUGGCCUUUCCAUCUCGUGGAUGCUCUAUCGGCCAAACCUGGACCAGAGCAGUCGUCUGCAGGGCUCUGUCUACCACUCGGAUGUCUUUGCUAUGAUCGGCACCCUCUUCCUGUGGAUGUUCUGGCCCAGUUUCAACUCAGCCAUCACAGACCAUGGAGACGGGCAGCACAGAGCAGUUAUCAACACCUACCUCGCUUUGGCCUCAACUGUGCUCACUACUGUGGCCAUGUCAAGCCUCUUCCAAAAGCAUGGAAAACUAGACAUGGUUCACAUCCAGAACUCCACUCUUGCUGGAGGUGUUGCAGUGGGAACUGCAGCGGAGUUCAUGUUGAUGCCCUAUGGGUCUCUAAUUGUAGGAUUCUGCUGUGGUAUCGUCUCCACACUGGGAUACAUCUACCUUACGCCAUUCAUGGAGAAAUACCUGAAGAUCCAGGACACAUGUGGAAUCCAUAACCUACAUGCCAUGCCGGGAGUCAUAGGCGGCAUUGUGGGAGCGAUUACUGCCGCAGCUGCAACAGAGUCAGUUUAUGGCCAUGAAGGGGUCACCAGGCUGCAGGCCUUUGUGUGGCUAUCUGCUUUGGUGUAGGCGGAGGCAUCAUUGUUGGUUGUAUUUUAAGAUUACCUAUCUGGGGAGAUGCUGCUGAUGACAAUUGUUUUGAUGACGAGUGCUACUGGGAGGUUCCUGAUGAUGAAGAGACCGUCCCACCAGUCCUUCAAUACAACAACCACAUGCGGAACAAAGAUGUAGCGGAGUCAAAUUUCACCAUGGAGCAGAACUGACGCUAGGCCUGGAUCCUCAGGGAGCUAUUUCUUUAUCACACAUGGCCUGUUUGUUCCUUUCACUCUCCUCCUGGCAGAAAUAUUCAUUUCAUACAAUUAUUCCCCACCAAUCAAAAGCAGUUAUUUUUCAGUCUGUUAACUGGGUGUUGUAGCCUAGAAUUAAGUCUUAAAAUCUUUUUUUGUUUGUUUCUUUGAAGUGAAAACUGCAAGUGGAAUAAGAUCUUUUCUGUUUUAUAUUAUAGAUAUUUAUUUUCAGUUUAAAUCAAUUAAUAUUCCAAUAGUUUUUAUUAAAUCUGUUAAAUGAGUGCCAUUAUCUCAGUACAGGUGGAGUGAUUUGCCUCAUUUCGACACAGAGACAGGUACAUUUACUUAGAAAAACUGCAGAAUUUUUAUGUCGUUUCACAUAAAACAAGAUGUAAUGGAUCAGUACCCAACUGAAAUGUGACGGUGAGAACAUUACCACAGUUCCUUUAAGUGAUUGUGAGAGAAAUUUGAAAGUAUUUUCCACUGGAGCUUUCAAAUCUUAGUUUUUCAUGAUGUAAAUGUUUUUCUCUCUGUGUGACCGACUGCAGAUACAAUGUUAAGACUUUUGGGCAAGUUUAUGCUGUCAGUUUAAAUUGCUGCAUGUUAAUUUGCAUAUAGUUGAAUCUUCAUCUGCAUUAAAACAGAAUUUAAAUGAUUUUGUGUGUCUUCAUAGAUAACUUUUACACUCAGUUAUUUACCAGUUAGCAUUUUGCAUUUAGAAGCACUACAUAAACACUUAAUAAAUGGUAUAUACAGCAUGCAAUUUUCAGUACAAAAGGAUAUUUUAAAGUGUUAUUAAUAUACAGUAUUUGUCAACAGUUAUAACUUACUAUGUCCUAUGAAUGCAUAUUCUAUAUCUGCUGUGUUGUAUUAUAAACCAUUUAUUAAAUAUUCAUGUAUCUCUUCUAAAUACUAAAUAAGGAGGUUAAAGUGUAGAAGAUAUUUUAUUCACAUUACUGAUCUGAAAAUGUAUGGUUUUGUCAAAUGCUGAUACUCUGUUUGUACAUUUAGAUGUUGUACACAAUAGAAUAUGUAUGUCAUGCUGUUUUGAAAAGUGAAGUUUGUUAAUGGUAAUGUAAUUUUGCAAAUGAGGAAUGAAUUAUUAAUAAAGCAUCAUAAUUACAUGAUAUA